AAUUAGACAUAGUAAAAAACACCAACGACAAUAACAAAAACAAGAACAGGAACGUUGCUUCUUCUGCUCUGUCUUCCGUUUACUUCAGCACCUUCCUUCUAACUCUCCACUCACAUUCUGGAAACAGCAAAACCAUAACAAGCCAAAGGGAAGAAGAAAAAAAAGUUACCAAAAAUGGAAGUGACGAGCGGUUUCGCGCUGCUCUUUCAGCAAUUUAGCGCUCUCUUACGGAAGAACCUUCUGCUGUCAUGGCGAAACAGGAAGGCAACGUUGCUUCAGGUUCUGUCACCACUCUUCUUCAUGUUCCUCAUCUUCGCCAUUGACAAGGCAAUUAAAGCUCAGUACUCGAACACAACUUACUACAAGAGCGUCCCUGAGCCUCCGCUUCGCCCUUCACCUUCCAUCCCUCCAUGCGAGAACAAGUUCUUCGUCAAACUCCCUUGCUAUGAUUUUGUAUGGAGCGGUGAUCGCAACCCUAGAAUUCGGACCAUUGUUGAAGCUAUCAUGAACAAUAACCCUGGAAGGACUAUACCUCCCUCUAAGGUGAAAUCCUUUAGUGAUAAAGCUGCAGUGGACGAGUGGCUUUUGAACAACCCUAUGCACUGUCCAGGGGCUUUGCAUUUUGUGGAAAGAAGUAAAACUAUCAUCAGCUAUGGUUUACAGACAAAUUCCACAUAUGUUCAAAAGAGAGGAAAAUAUGAAGACCCCACUUUUGCAUUUCAACUCCCACUUCAGCUUGCUGCAGAGCGAGAAAUUGCUAGGAACCUGAUUGGAGACUCGAACUUCAGCUGGAAUGUCUUUUUGAGGGAGUUUGCACACCCAGCCACGGCACCUUUCUCAACAGUGAGUUCCGUAGGUCCAACAUUUUUCCUUGCGAUUGCCAUGUUCAAUUUUGUGCUUCAGAUGAGUUCUUUGGUUACAGAAAAAGAGCUUAAACUUCGCCAGGCAAUGACUAUGAUGGGGCUUUAUGAUUCUGCUUACUGGUUGUCAUGGCUCAUCUGGGAGGCAUUCAUUACUCUCCUGUCAUCCCUUCUCGUAGUUCUGUUUGGAAUGAUGUUUCAGUUUCGUUUCUUCUUGAAAAACGAUUUUCUGGUCGUGUUCUUUGUGUUCUUCCUAUUUGAACUCAGUAUGACUGGCUUAGCUUUCAUGCUAUCUGCUUUCAUUAGUAAAUCCUCUUCAGCGACAACAGUAGGCUUCUCCAUAUUUAUUGUUGGCUUUGUGACUCAGCUUGUUAUACAAGCAGGAUUUCCUUAUUCAGAUAGCAUUUCCAAGACUUUCCGAAUAAUUUGGUCUUUCUUUCCGCCCAAUCCCUUCGCUCAAGCUCUACAUAUUCUUUCUGAGGCGGUCUCAACUUCUGAAGAUCAUGGUAUUCGAUGGAGUAAACGGGGACAAUGCGGUCCUGAAGAUGAAGGCUGUGUGAUUACAAUUAAUGACAUUUAUCAAUGGCUCUUAGCUACAUUCGUUUUGUGGUUUGUUCUGGCCAUCUACUUCGACAACAUAAUCCCCAAUGCAUCUGGUGUGAGGAAAUCGAUGUUAUACUUUCUAAAUCCGAACUAUUGGAUGGGAAGAGGAGGCCAAAAUGUGAAAGAGGGUGGGGUUUGUAGUUGCUGCAUAGUUUCAGUGCCUCGUCAAGAACAUGUUACACCAGAUGAUCAAGAUGUCCUUGAAGAACAAAAUACUGUCAAAAGACAAAUAACAGAAGGUGUGGUUGAUGCAAAUGUUGCUGUUCAGAUACGUGGCCUUGCAAAGACAUAUCCUGGUUCUUGUAAUAUUGGUUGCUGCUGUAAAUGUAAAAGAACUAAACCUUACAAUGCCGUUAAGGAUUUAUGGGUGAACUUUGAAAGGGAUCAACUAUUUUGUCUAUUAGGACCUAAUGGAGCGGGUAAAACUACGGUUAUUAAUUGUUUGACAGGGAUAACUCCAGCAACUGAUGGAGAUGCAUUGAUUUAUGGACAUUCCAUCCGUAGCUCCACUGGCAUGUCAAACAUUCAAAAGCUUAUAGGAGUAUGUCCCCAGUUUGAUAUCUUGUGGGAUGCACUGUCCGGCGAAGAGCAUCUUCAACUCUUUGCUACUAUCAAAGGCCUAACCCCAAGUUCCAUCAACUCAAUUACCCAAACAUCACUGGCAGAGGUGAGACUCACUGAUUCGGCAAAAGUGAGAGCUGGAAGUUACAGUGGAGGAAUGAAACGUCGACUCAGUGUUGCAAUUUCCCUUAUUGGUGACCCUAAAUUGGUUGUUUUGGAUGAACCAACUACUGGUAUGGAUCCAAUAACAAGGAGGCACGUAUGGGACAUAAUUGAAAAUGCUAAAAGAGGUCGUGCCAUUGUCCUUACCACACACUCUAUGGAAGAAGCUGACAUUCUCAGUGAUCGAAUAGGAAUCAUGGCAAAGGGAAAGCUUCGCUGUAUUGGCACCGCAAUCAGAUUGAAGUCACGCUUUGGUACUGGUUUCAUUGCUAAUAUCAGCUUCUAUGGGAACAAUGUUGAAAGUCGUACAGACAAUAGGGAUGCUGUUUCUACGGUACAUCAUGAGGCUGUGAAGCAAUUCUUUAAGAAUCAUUUAGAUGUAGUGCCAAAGGAAGAGAACAACAACUUCAUAACUUUUGUGAUUCCUCAUGACAAAGAGGGGCUCCUGACAAAUUUUUUUGCGGAGCUCCAAGAUAGAGAAGAAGAAUUUGGCAUAUCUGACAUUCAGCUUGGUCUGACAACUCUAGAAGAAGUUUUCCUGAAUAUUGCAAAGCAAGCAGAGCUAGAAAGCGCUGCAGCUGAUGGGACCCUAGUGACUUUGACCUUAACAUCUGGGGAGUCUGUGCAGAUUCCUAUAGGAGCUAGAUUUGUUGGAAUUCCAGAAACAGAGUCUGAAGAGUACCCAACAGGGGUUAUGGUAGAAGUAUACUGGGAGCAAGAUGAAUCUGGUGCUCUAUGUAUCUCUGGUCACUCACAAAAAGUUCCAGUUCCUUCUGGUGUUCGACUAUCAUCAUCUGCUUCGGCAAGACACCGUAGAAAUUCGCGCCGACCAGGAUCAGUUCACGGGGUUAUAAUUGAUCCCAGCCAAGUUAGUUCAGUCAGGUUUCAAUGAAAAGCAAACCCGUAUGUUGUGGGAGCUGGUGGGUCAUAGAUAAUGUUUUUAGGAUUGUACAUGUUCUUUUGCAUAUUUUUCUCUCAUACAGGGUUCAGCUAUCUCCCUCGUAUUAUUAGUACUUUUUGUGUCUACCUAGCUUGUUAAAUCUUAAAAUGACUUGUUAUGAACGCCAGAGGUAAACUUAUAGAACAAUUAUUUGAACUUUUUUAUUGUAA